ACAGCCUUUCAAAGUAAACCCAGUGGUGCAGUUCACACAAACUUGCUUUCUUGCACGAGUGCACACUUUUGAGAAAAGCCCAGUGAAGACAAGACCAACGGCGAGAGACGAUGGCACAGGCAGCGGAGUCCAUCCUGCACAGCGGCUACUUUCACCCUACUCUCAGAUACUGGCAGACGUGUGCAUCAGACCUCAGGCCUGACAAUCUCAUCUAUCCCAUCUUCAUAACUGACAGUCCUGAUGCAGUGGAGCCUAUUGCAAGCCUGCCAGGUCAAGCAAGAUACGGUAUUAAUAAGCUCGAAAGUAUGCUGCGUCCGCUUGUGGAAAAGGGCUUGAAGUGCGUGCUGAUUUUUGGAGUUCCUGCCAAAAUCGCAAAGGAUGAGCGAGGCUCUGGGGCUGACACUGAUGACACUCCUGCUGUUCAAGCUGUGAAGAAACUGCGAGCUCUGUUCCCGAAUCUGGUGCUGGCUUGUGAUGUGUGUCUCUGUCCUUACACGUCACACGGUCACUGUGGGAUCCUGCGUGAAGAUGGCACUCUGGAUAACGCAGCAAGUUGUAUGAGACUGGCAGAGGUGGCGUUGGUGUACGCACGUGCUGGUUGCCACAUUAUCGCACCGUCUGACAUGAUGGACGGACGGAUUGCAGCAAUUAAGCAAGCGCUCAUAUCCAAUGAUCUCGGCAACAAGGUUUCAGUGCUGAGCUACAGUGCCAAGUUUGCUUCCUGUUAUUACGGGCCGUUCAGAGAUGCCGCUCAAUCCAAGCCGGCUUUCGGAGACAGGCGAUGCUAUCAGCUGCCCCCUGGUGCCCGAGGACUUGCAUUGCGAGCUUGUGAGCGAGACGUAAAAGAAGGCGCCGAUAUGCUGAUGGUGAAACCUGGGCUGCCUUACCUUGAUAUUCUGAGGGAGGUUAAGGAUAAGCACCCGACACACCCGCUGGCGGUGUACAACGUGUCCGGAGAGUUUGCAAUGCUGUGGCACGGAGCCCAGGCCGGCGCUUUUGACCUGCGUACAGCCGUCCUGGAAGCCAUGACCGCUUUCCGACGGGCAGGAGCCGACGUCAUCAUCACGUAUUACACUCCUCAACUGCUCACGUGGCUUACCGAGUGACAUGGCAACCCGCUCUCAUGGAUUAGUUCUGAUUUACUCCAAAGGGCAUUAAAGGUUCACGAUAAAGAAAGGAUUCUCUGAAUUCUGUAAUCGAGCGGAUAAUUUUUAUAUUCUUGUACUUUAGGGCAGAAACGCCAUCUUAAUCCUGUGUAUCGUUAUUGAGCAACAUUAAUCAAAAAUCAAAUCUAGAAAACUGAAAUGUCCUCAAAACAGCCAGCUGAUUAUGCGUCUUUGAUUAUUAUGUGAAUUUCUUACUCUCUUUUUCUGUUUGAGGACCGGCUUUCUAAAAUCAACAUCAUUUACAAAUUAUUUACAUGUCAAAUUACAUGUUCGGUUGUUUUUGUGUCAGUUCUGUCACUGGAAUAAACACAAUUUUGUUCUGUAAUGUGAUUAAAUAGCCUGGUAUAUUUGUAGAUAUUCAGGACCUCAAGUAGAAAGCCAUUCCAACAUCUAUAAGUUUGGAUCUAGUAUUGAAUAUACACUCACCGGAGUCUAUCUGUAUACACUUGCUGUACACAAUUAAACAGCAGAAAUGAUUCGGCUUUGCAGCGCAGUUGUGACACAGAGGUCAGUUGGCACCACCGCCCUUGUUUUACCCUUCAUUUGUAUUUUUUCAGUACACAAGUAAGGCAUAAACCCAGUAGAAAUCAACGGAAAUCACAUACUUGCACCACAAAUACUAUAUUCUAUAUUAUAAUUAUACUGAUAAUCUACAAAUAUGUCGAGUUUGGAGACACUUGCAAGUAUUUAUAUGGUAGCAAAGCUCCAGUACUCAUGGAUUGAAUGAAGAAAGGAUGUUUAUUCACUGUCUUCCUGUCUCAUGUUUUUUAUUAUUAUUAUUAUUCUAUGCUGUGAUUAAAGAAAUAGGGCAUUCAUUUUCUUGGUAAAAAAUAAACCUGAGAACACGUCUGGAAUAAGUUCA